AUGGAUGAUUUCUUGAUCAAAUUUUUUCCGAAAGUUUAUGAAAGAAAGCUUCAUGCAUCAGAAAACAACUACUGUAAAUAUGAUGAUCAAAUGCUCCAACUCUUCACAUCAUCCUUGUACCUAGCUGCCCUUGUAGCAAGUUUUUUUGCAUCAAAGGCCUGUAGAGUAUUAGGGCGUAAGCCCACAAUUCUUAUGGCAUCAACAUUUUUCAUUGCUGGUGCUGCCUUGAGUGCCGCUGCUCAGAUUAAAUGGAUGCUUAUUAUAGGGAGAAUUCUUUUUGGAAUUGGGGUAGGAUUUGGAAAUGAGGCAGUUCCCUUGUUUUUGACAGAAAUUGCACCUGUACAGCAUAGGGGUGCUGUCAACAUUCUCUUCCAACUCUUCGUGACAAUAGGAAUUUUUAUUGCUAACCUUGUAAAUUAUGGGACGUCAAUGGUGCACCCCUAUGGCUGGAGACUAUCUCUUGGCCUGGCAGCUGUUCCAGCAGUCGUCUUACUCGUCGGUUCUUUGAUCAUCACAGAAACUCCACCGAGUCUCGUGGAACGAGGCAAAGAAGCCGAAGGCAAGGCAGCACUUCUAAAGAUUAGGGGUGUUAAUGAUGUUGAUGCUGAAUUUCAACAGAUAGUGGCUGCCUGUGAACAAUCGCGCCAAGUUAAGAAACCGUUCAAGAAACUCAUGAAUCGUUCCAGCAGGCCACCUCUAAUUAUUGCCAUUUUCCUCCAAGUCUUCCAGCAAUUCACAGGAAUUAAUGCGAUCAUGUUCUAUGCACCGGUUCUAUUCCAAACUUUGGGAUUCAAGACCGAUGCCUCUUUAUUGUCCUCAGUUAUCACCGGCCUCGUGAACGUUGGUAGCACUUUUGUGUCUAUUUACGCCGUUGAUAAGGUUGGAAGGAGGUUGUUGCUUCUCCAAGCUUGUGUCCAAAUGUUUAUUUCCCAGCUUGCUAUUGGAUUCAUCCUACAUUUCCACUUGAAAGAAACAGGUUCACUUGACAAGACUCUAGCAGCAAUUGUUGUGGUACUGGUGUGCACAUUUGUGAUGUCCUUCGCAUGGUCGUGGGGUCCCCUCGGUUGGUUAAUUCCAAGUGAAACGUUCCCUCUUGAAACAAGAACUUCAGGAUUUGCCUUUGCAGUUAGUUCAAAUAUGGUUUUCACUUUCCUAAUUGCACAGGCUUUCCUGUCAAUGCUUUGCCAUUUACAAGCCUACAUUUUCUUCUUCUUCUCUGCUUGGAUUUUUGUAAUGGGGCUUUUCGUCGUCUUCCUUCUACCGGAGACGAAAGGGGUCCCAAUCGAUUUGAUGACGGAGAGGGUAUGGAAACAACAUCCAGCGUGGAAGAAAUUCUUCGAGGAUGAAGGGAAUAGGAGUUAUGAGCCAUGA